AUGGAGUUCAGAAGAUACUUUGGAAGAUUAAGUGUGUUUAUAAUUCUGAAUGCAGUUAAUACCUCGAUGGUAGAGGAGAAUCUCACUAAAGAUUUCGAGAACAAGGAUAUAAACAAAGCCAUUUUGGAGUUGCUUCACAUUAAUAAGCUGUCAGUGCUUCAGCAAACAAAGCCACAUCCAUAUAUGAUGCAGGUUUACCUAUUACUAAAUAUGCAGGAUACAAGGCAGAGAAGUGAUGCAGAUGUAACUUUGGUGCAAAGUUUCCGCAGUGUACAAGGCACAAAAUACAACAUACCUGGGUGGAUCUGGUUCAAAAUAUCACAUCUAAGACCUUCAAUGACUGCAGCUGAGCUGAUCCUUCUAAGAAAAACCCUAUAUCCUGAACCCCUGACCAUAACUGUGACUGUGCAUAGCAUUUUACAUAUAGCAGGGAAUUUAAGCAUCAGUGGCUCCCUCACUGAACAACAGCUCACCAUGAACCAGCCUCCUCCAUCAGGUUAUGAUGUCUUCAAUGUAACAGCAGCUCUUUCUCAGCGCCUCCAUGGGACACAAAUUCUGGGCUUCCAACUGCGCUUUAAGGAUGAAAAUGGCAGCUUGGUGCUUCAUGAGGCUUUGACACAAAGCCUGUACUGCUUAAAUGGCAGUUCCCUUAGUCAGCCAUUGCUUGUGGCCUACAGAGACCAACCAGUCAAGCAUCAGAGCUUUAAGCACAGACAGAGGCAGUAUCGCAGGGACAAGCAGCAGAAGCCAAGACAGCAAAGGAGUGUGGUUGAAACAACAUGCAAGCUUUCUGAACAUCACAUUAACAUUCAUAACACUGAACUGAGUCAAUGGAUACUGCAGCCAACAUCAUUUAACAUAAGUUUUUGCAGGGGUGUGUGCAUGCAGAAACAGGCAAAGUUUUCAGUGGCAGAGGAGACACCACAAAUAAAGAGCACUAAAAACAAUGUGUUUGAAAGUUCAAACUGCGUACCGGAGUUGCUGUCCUCUGUAACAGUGAUGUACCGAAGUGACACAGAUGACAUCUUUAUAAAAGAGUUAAAAGAAAUCAGAGCUGAGAAAUGUCUUUGCCAACCAAAGAACAAAUAUUAG